AUGUGGAAUUCGCCUGGACAAAGACCACCACCGUCAAAUUUCCGUGGACCUAUGCGUCCUACACAAUUCAUUCCUCCUCCCAUUACUCCUCCUCAGCUACCACCGCAGCAACAAACACCAUGGAAGCAAUUCACAAACUCGGAAGGAAAGCCAUACUACUUUAAUGAAAUCACUAGAAUCACCACUUGGGAGAAACCUGAUGAGCUCAAGACUCCUCUAGAAAAAGCAUUGGUCACAUUCCAUAUCAAGGAAUUCACAUCUGCAGAAGGGAAAAAGUACUAUUACAAUGAUAAUACAAAACAGACUACUUGGGAGCCUCCAGCUGAAUACAAGGCCUUGAUUGAUUCCUUCAAUCAACCUCAAGGACCUCCUCCCAUACCUGCUGGUGCCGAAGAUCAAAAACGACCAAAUGGAGCAGCAACUCCUUCAGAUCGAGAAGAAGAAGUCACUUACGCAAAUCCAGCAGAAGCAGCUGCUGCGUUCAAGCAAAUGCUGGCCAAAGUGGGAGCUAAAUGGUCAUGGACAUGGGAAGCAACUAUGGCCAAGACUAUUGACAAGCCUGUUUAUCGAGCAGUCAAGACUUUGGAGGAGCGAAAGAGAUUGUUUCAAGAGUAUGUGGAUGAUAUCAAGCAGAGAGAAGAUGACGAUUUCCGACAGCGCGAUACCCGAGAAAGAGAUGGAUUUCUUCGACUUGUCAAGGAGAAUCCACAGCUAGGAGCUGCGCCGAGAUACAAGAUGCUGUCAGAAGAAAUGAAGAACAAUCCGUUCUGGAAGUCCCUCAGUGAAGAUAGACGACGAGUGUUACAUCGAGAGUAUAUGGACAAGGUCAAGAAGGAAGAAAUGGACAACCUUCGCGAAAUCCGAAAACAAAACAUGGCCAAAUUCCGCGCACUUUUAAAAUCCAUUCCAGAAAUCAACAUUGAUACAAAAUGGAGGGAUGCUCAAAAGAUUUACCUGUCUCAUUCACUCUACAUUACUGACAAGCAACUCCAAUCCAUGGAUCCCAUUGACUUUUUAUCCAUCUACGAAGCAUACAUUAAAGAAUUCGAAAUGCAACAUCAAGAAGAGCAACGACUCUCUCGUACUCGCAGGAAGAGAUCUGAACGUGAAAAUCGAGACAAUUACAAGAGUCUCAUGGCUGAAAUGGUUCGAGAAGGCAACAUUACUGCUAAGACCUAUUGGAAGGAUGUGUAUCCAUUGCUUAAAGAUGAUCCUCGGUUCUUGAAUAUGUUGGGUCAAGCUGGAUCAACACCUCUUGAAUUGUUUUUUGAGAUGGUGUAUGAUUUGGAGACUCGUUAUGCAAAAGAGAGGAGAGGUAUUCUGGAUCAUCUCAAGGAGCUAAGAGUGGAAGUUGGAACAGAUACCACAUAUGCAGACUUUGCUGCUCAAGUUGCUCGAGCUGGUAAUAUCGAGGCAGUAGAUCCUGUAAUUCUUCGUACUGCUUUCCAAGAUUUGAAGAUCAAAGCUAAGAAAAAUAUUCAAAGAGGAAGUGCUGACAAGGGUGGAGGUGACAAUGCUGAAGAUCGAGAGAAGGAAAAGAGACGAGAAGAACGACGAAAGCAUCGAAAGAUGGAUGCUCUUAGAAGUAUCUUGAAACGAUUGGAACCACCUGUUGCUAUUACAACUCCUUACUCAGAGGCCAUAGCACGAAUCCAAGAACGUCAGGAAUAUCAAGACUUGGAUGAUCAAGAACGUCGUGAAGUGUUUGACAAGUUCAUUGCACGUCUGGUUGAAAAGGCAGAAAAGGCCGACAAAUCCGUCGAAGAAAAGGAAAUCCAUGAAGAACCAAUCGACGACCAAGAAGCUUCAGAAUCAAGAAAACGAUCAAGACGAGACCGUGAAGCUCGAGAUGGUGAACGAGAACAACGAAGUAGUGAUCGUGAUCGUAAGAAACAUAAAAGGCAUCACAGAUCACGUAGUCCUGCUACAAGUGGUGUUGCUGCGCCUGCUGGUAGUGGCGAAGAAGAAGGUGGAAGGGAGAGAGAUAGGAGUCGUCAUAAGAGAAGGAAACACGCCACAGAAGAUGAAUCUGAUGAAGGUCGACGUAAGCGACGCAGAAGUGAACAUCGAGAAGAACAUGGUAGCAGUCGACAUGGUGGUCGUGAUGAAGAGGGAGGAGGAGGAGAGGAAGGAGAGGAGGGUGAAAUUGUGUGA